AUGGCUCCUCGCAAACAAAAUCAAGAUGACCAAUACGACGAUCUUCGUCAGAUGUUAGAGACGUUUACAGCAGGACUUCAGGAGGCGUUGAAACCUGCUGUCACAGACGCAUUACAUACCGUGUUGGAUAACCAACAACAAGAUAGAAGAGAGAACGUGCAAAACAGAGACCAUCAUCUCGAGUCUGAUGACGAAGAGAUGGUUGGCAAUCUGUUUGCGGACCCUGCACGUAAUCAGCCUCGCGGCCAUCAACGUGACGAUGACCUCGAACAACGUCAGGAAUUGGCUCGUAAUACCAAUUCUUCUCGUUGGGAAUCAGGCUUUAAGGUGGAUAUUCCAGAAUUCUCGGGCUCCCUCAACCCAGAGGAUUUCGUCGAUUGGUUAAACAUGGUGGAAGAGAUACUCGACUUCAAGAAGGUUCCAGACGAUAUGCGUAUUCCUUUGGUAGCAACUCGUUUCAAAAAUCGUGCUUCAGCUUGGUGGACUCAGCUCAAGGAGUCACGACGUCGUUCCGGAAAACAGAAGAUUGAGUCAUGGGAACGUUUGAAGAAACAUAUGCGGCGGAGUUUUCUUCCGUAUAACUACGAACAAACGCUUUACAAUAAACUUCAAAACCUCCGACAAGGCUCGCGUUCUGUUGACGAAUACGCCACCGAAUUCUUUCAGAUGAUUUCUCGUGCGACUCUGCUCGAAACAGAGGAACAAUUGGUGUCGCGUUUUAUUGGAGGUCUACGCAGUCAAAUCCAAUUGGCGUUACAACAGUUUAACCCUUCUUCGGUCUCUGAGGCUCACCAACGAGCUAUAGCUCUCGAGCAACAAUAUCGCGCCAACUGGUCUACUGGAAGUACGCGUACCCGUUUCCCUCCAUCUGCAUCACAACAACAGCCCUCAGCUAGUGCUCCUCCGGAUGAACAACAAGUGCGCUCCGACAAAUCGGCUCCGCUACCCGACUCUAUAGCCAACUUCAGCCAGCCUCGUACUAGUGCCCUUUGUUGCUAUAGUUGUGGCGAGAAUGGUCACCGUCAAACAGCGUGUCCAAAGUUGAAUCGCCGAACCCUUGUGACUCAGGAUACAGAGAUUAUCGGCGGACCUUGCUUUGAUGAUUACGGUUCUGAUGAAGAACACGAUGGUGAUGUUAUUGAAGGUGACACCGGACCUGCUUCACGACUUCUUGUCGUCCGACGUAGUUGCUUAGCUCCCCGUGCUGAAUCCGAAUCCUGGCUACGGACAAAUCUUUUUCGUACAACCUGCACAAUCAAAGGCAAAAUUUGCAAAUUAAUUGUGGAUUCCGGCAGUUGUACCAACGUUCUUUCAGAAGAGGCUGCAACUAAAUUGGGAAUUCAGAUGACUCCACAUCCUCGUCCGCAGUGGUACCUUUCUCUAUUGGCUCUUACACCGAUAAAGUGGAAUGUGACGUUGCUCCCAUGGAUGCUUGUCAUCUUCUUCUUGGCAGACCGUGAUGUUCUCCACAUAGGAAAGUCUAACACCUAUAGCUUUGUUUUUGGUGAUCGUACGGUCACUCUGGUGCCAUCUCCGGAGAAGUUUGACAUCUCUCCUUCUACGGAUCGGAAAAAGACAGCAUUGCCUCCCUCUCGAACUCCGACGUCUUUACUGAUUCUCCCUAAGGCUGAUUUUGAAGCAGAACUUCACGACAACCCUCCACUUUGGGCAUUGAUCACCUCUCCGAUUUGCACUCCUUCUGUGACCCCUGUUCCACCGGAGUUCAUUGCCAUGCUUGAUAGUUUUGCUGAUGUUUUCCCGACUGAUUUACCUCAAGGACUGCCUCCGUUACGAGAUAUCCAGCAUCAUAUCGACUUAAUGCCAAAUGCCACUUUACCUAAUCGUCCUCAUUACCGCAUGAGUCCUCAAGAACAUGAUGAGCUCCGUCGUCAAGUCGAAGACCUUAUUCUUAAGGGACACGUCCGUGAAAGCCUCAGUCCCGCGGCCGUCCCUGCCCUACUUAUCCCAAAGAAAGAUGGUUCUUGGAGGAUGUGCGUCGAUAGUCGAACGAUUAAUAAGAUUAUUGUGCGUUAUCGCUUCCCCAUUCCACGUUUGGACGAUCUUUUGGAUCAAAUUGGUAGUGCAUCCAUCUUCUCUAAACUGGACCUCAAGAGUGGUUACCAUCAAAUCCGAAUCCGUCUUGGAGAUGAAUGGAAAACGGCUUUCAAGACGCGCGAAGGACUUUUUGAAUGGAUGGUUAUGCCGUUUGGUUUAUCCAACGCACCGAGUACGUUCAUGCGGGUGAUGAAUCAAGCUUUACGGCCCUUCAUUGGUAAGUUUGUCGUGGUUUAUUUUGAUGAUAUUCUUAUCUUUAGUAAGGAUAUGACGAGCCAUCUCGAACAUCUCGAAGCUGUGUUACUAGUAUUGCGUCGAGAUAAACUCUUUGCGGCGCGACAAAAGUGUGUUUUUGGGUCGUCAGAAGUCCUCUCUUUGGGCUACAUCGUUUCCAAUCAGGGUUUAUUGGUGGAUCCAAGCAAAGUUGAAGCAAUUAGGUCGUGGCCAACACCUAAAACUAUUAGUGAUGUUCGCAGUUUUCAUGGCCUUGCAUCUUUUUAUCGCCGUUUCGUGCAUCACUUCAGCAACAUCACUGCUCCUUUAACAGAUUGCUUGAAAGGAUCGUCUUUUGUUUGGACACCUGAAGCAAACCAAGCCUUUGAAACGAUUAAGGAGAAACUCACUUCUGCUCAAAUCUUGGCGCUACCUGAUUUCUCACAAGUCUUUGAGCUUCACUGUGACGCUUGCAAAUUGGGUAUUGGUGCAGUUCUCAGCCAACGUGGACGUCCCAUAGCUUUCUAUAGUGAGAAGAUUGCCGAUCAUGAUGCAUUGAAACACCUUGGCAGCCAAGAUAAGAUCUCAGCACGCCAUGCUUCUUGGAUAGCUUAUUUACAACAGUUCACCUUCGUUAUUAAGCAUCAGUCCGGGAAGACAAACAAAGUUGCAGAUGCUUUGAGCCGUCGACAUUCACUCCUCACCACUCUUCAUGUCAAUGUUGUGGGUUUUGCAGCUUUACCUGAGCUUUAUCCUCUUGAUCCUUUCUUUGGACGUGUCUGGUCUGAUUUAGCUGCAGGAAUUCAGUCUGACUAUGUGUUGGUGGAUGGUUUUCUGUUUCGUGACAAUCGCUUAUGUGUCCCAGACUGUAGCUUGCGCCUGAAGAUUCUCACUGAGCUACAUGAAGAAGGUCAUGUUGGCCGUGAUCGGACACUGCAGCUUGUCCAAGAUUCUUACUAUUGGCCAUCGCUUCGUCGUGACGUUGCUCGACAUGUUGAGCGCUGCGUCGUUUGUCAACGUUCUAAGGGUCAUGGCUCGAAUAGCGGCUUGUACAUGCCACUUCCUAUUCCUACUCAACCAUGGACGGAUAUUAGCAUGGAUUUCGUGUUAGGCCUUCCACGUACACAGCGAGUCCGACGGUCAAACGGAAGUUACAAAUCGCUCUUUGGGAGAUAUGUUGCGUUGUUUGGUUGUGACAAUAUCAAGAGGUGGGAUUCAGUCUUGUGCAAGGCAGAAUUUGCUCAUAAUCAUGCCGUCAAUCGGAGUACGAAGUUUUGUCCCUUUCGAGUGGUCUAUGGUGUUAUUCCCCGCGGUCCCGUAAACCUAAGUGUGGCUCCGGACAUCACUCGCGACCAUGGCCAGACGAUCGACUUUGUUGCUGAUGUUUCUUUUAUCCAUUCACAAGUUCACGAUAAUCUUCAAGUUGCCUCUGUUAAGUACAAAAUGGAUGCCGACCGUCAUCGCCGUGAUCUCCAAUUUUCAGUAGGAGAUUAUGUAUGGGCUGUUCUUACUCGUGAUCGAUUUCCUCCUGGCACCUAUAACAAGCUCAAGGCACGUAAAAUCGGUCCUCUUGAAAUACUUGAAAAGAUUAAUGCCAAUGCCUAUCGUGUUCGUCUUCCUCCGGAGGUCCGUUCUUCAGAUGUCUUCAACAUCAAGCAUCUCACUCCGUAUGUUUCUCAUGAUGACACUGAAGAUUCGAGGACGAAUCUUUCUCUACCCCGGGUGACCUGA